AUACCCAAGUGACAAACUCUUCAACCCCCAAACAUUAGAAAGAGGGAAAUAGAACAGGAAAUGGGUACCCUGGAGAUGUUCAAAGGAUAUAGCAAGGUAGAAGAAGAUCACCACCACCUCGAAGAUCAACGGCAACAGCAACGACACUCAAAAAUAUGCAAACCCCUCACCGCCACCUUUUCCAUCUUCGCUAUGGUAUUCCUCACUCUCACCAUAGCUUUCGCCCUCGCAACCCUCAUUCACCACGUCAACACCGAGUCACCGGAAGAAGAACCUCUCAACUCGGCCGAGUCAAUCCGAGCCGUAUGCAACGUGACUCGCUUCCCCGACUCGUGCUUCUCCGCCAUAUCUUCCUCCACCCAAAACCCCACCGACCCAGAAGCGAUUCUCAGGCUAUCCCUGCGCGUGACGGUCGACGAGCUCAGCAAGGUCGCGUCUUCGCUCAGAGCCAUGGCUUCCAACUCCAAGGGUUCCGCACUGGUGGAUUGCAAGGACCAGAUGGACGACGCGCUGAGUCGACUCAAUGACUCGCUGUCGGCGAUGGCGGCGGAUGGGGGAUGCUGCGGAUCGCUGACGGAUGCGAAGAUCAGCGACAUACAGACAUGGGUGAGCGCGGCGGUGACGGAUCAACAAACUUGCCUUGAUGGGUUGGAGGAGAUGGGUUUGGUGGGUGCUGUUGUUGAAGUGAAGAGCAUGAUGAAGAGUUCCACAGAGUACACUAGUAACAGCUUGGCCAUUGUUGCUAAUAUACGCACCUUGUUACAUCAAUUCCAUAUGCCACUCCAUUGAAAAAUGAAAUUUGGGUAACUAACUACUUAGGCAUUCCACUUUUUUUUCUUUCUUUCUUGUAUUGCUGUUUUCUUAUUCUUGUUUAUUAUAAUAUUUUUUCUCUCGAAGAAAUUACAUAAGGAUUUGUAAUUUGUAUGUGUAAAUUGCAAUUGCAUGUAUU